AUGACAAAGCCCAAUUCGAAAGCUAAGCCAACAGAAGCUAAGGAUGCUCACGAUGACGGUAUCAAUGAUAGUUUAAACGAGAAAACAUCUCGCCCAAAGAAAGAAGAAACAUCAGCUAAGGAGCAAACUAAAGGUGGUUCUGGUGAAUCAUCCACAGACGCUAGUAGUCCUUCAAUUCCGCCGUUGAGUAACCCCACAGUAGCUAGCAAUACUCACAUGUUACCUCCAAUUACAGUCAAGAAGAACGCCGGGAGCACCAUCCCUACAAACACCCAAUCCGAGUUCAACCCUUAUGUGACUUUUUCCUCAAAAUAUCCAGGGGGUCAACAGCAACCACCACCACCAUUACAAAUCAUACAAGAUACAACCCAUCAGGUGAACUCCAAUGAGACAAAUUAUUUUUUCAAAUCAGGUAGGCCUAAAGUUCGUGUUGACGAUUACAACAUAAAGAAAUUCUCCGUUGCUAAAUCUCCAUUAACUUCACAAUCCACUCCAGGUUCAGCGCCAGCCACCCGCCCUCAUACAUGUACAUUCGAAGGAUGUACUUGGUCUUUUGAACGGAAAUCAGACUUGAAAAGACAUCUCAAGUCCCACGCACCUCCGAUCUAUCAAUGUCCUUACUAUAGAAACGAUCCAACCUGCCACCGUAACGGUGGUGCCUUCAACCGAUUGGACGUUCUCAAGAGACAUUUGCGGUUAGUACAUUAUGUCAAGGAUAAACACCAGAUGGUACCACCUGCUCCUGGGCCAAUGGUUGGAAGCACAGGCGGUGCUAUGGUUUUGCCUACCAAGAAGGAAGACCCUGGCUGGUGUCGUGCUUGUCAGAAAAUGUUUCCUAAUUCCAAGAUAUUCAUUGAUCACUGUUGGGAUUGUGCCCAGCAUAUAACUCCAGCAGAAUGGAAAAAGGCAGGAGAUACUGGUGACACCGGCAGAGACCAGGAAUCAGACAGAACGACGCAACAACAGGCUUACCAGGCGCUUGCAGCUCGCUCCAACAACUUAUAUGAAUUGUCAAGAAUAAGCACCGAGGAAAAGGAAGCCGCCAGUGCCUUUUUCACAAGCCAAUCAGAGUCGACUGAAGGUGAAUCUAAACGGAAAACCAGUGCAGAAGAACCAACAAUGAAAGUGGAGCCUGCGCAUAAACGUACAAGAAAAAGUUGA